AAACAAAAAGUUUCAUUCCAUGAAUUGUCCACAUUCAUGCGGUUUGAAAUCAGUUACAUGAAAAUGGGGAGCUUUAUUAAGUUACUGGCCCCAGUCUUUUUUGUUUCUGCGGUUGCGAUACCGCUGAGCGAUAUCAGAACACCGCCCGCUUUUAGUCAAAUAUAUUCUGUAAAGGGGGUUCUUUAUCUUCCUUAUGCUGAAAUAGAAGAGCCAUUCCAUGCGUGGUACGACGGACCUUCCAAAAAGUCUCGGAUUGAUUACUAUGGGGCAACGGUGAAAACCUAUCAACUCGGAUCCGUAGAUUACGGAAAAAGUUUGAAAAUUGUUCCCUUCACCACUGAGGAAGUGACCAAUGUUAUUACUUGUCUACAAAAUAAUGGAACAGUGGAUAACCCAGUUGAGCCCCAGCCAAUACUUCCGUCUCUGAAUGGUUUCGAAUUCGCAGGAAAAGAGACAAUCCGUGGAAUUGAUUCCGAAAAGUGGAACUUGACAGAACUGAUAGGUCAAAAGAAAAACAAAUAUACAAUGUGGAUUUCUUACAAACCAAAUUUCAAUGGUGAUAAUGGAAAUAUUGCUAUACCGGUGAGAUACGAAAUGAGAGGAUACAACACAUUAUUAGGAAGUCAUUAUGAUCGCUAUUACUUAGAAUACGAUUCUUUCAGUGUCGAUGAAAUUUCAACAGAUAUAUUCGAGGUUCCUGAAGGUUAUAAUUUGGCUGUUAACCAUUUGUCUGACAAAACAGAAGCCGAAUUGAAAGCUUUACGUGGCAAACAAUACACUGGGGUAUAUAAUGGUGGACAACCCUUCCCCUAUGAAGAUGCCGAUUCAAACCAUGUUCCGCAGCAAUGGGAUUGGAGAUUAUAUGGAGCCGUAACUCCUGUUAAGGACCAGGCAGUUUGCGGUUCAUGUUGGUCCUUUGGAACAGUUGGAGCUGUGGAAGGGGCGUAUUUUUUGAAGAACGGAAGGAAACUGGUGCAUUUGUCCCAACAAGCCCUGGUGGAUUGUUCUUGGGGUUUUGGAAAUAAUGGAUGCGAUGGUGGAGAAGACUUCAGAUCGUAUCAGUGGAUGCUUAAACACGGUGGAAUACCAACUGACGAAGAUUAUGGUUCAUAUUUGGGUCAGGAUGGUUUCUGCCACGCUGAAAAAGUGCCAAAAGUUGCUGCAAUUAGUGGUUGGGUUAACGUGACGACAAAUGACAAGAAGGCUCUCAAACUGGCUAUUUUCGAAAAAGGACCUAUCAGCGUCGCUAUUGAUGCUAGUCAGCGUACGUUCAGUUUCUAUUCAAAUGGAGUUUAUUAUGAACCAAAAUGUGGAAACAAGGAUGAAGAUUUGGACCAUUCAGUUUUAGCUGUUGGUUACGGAACAAUUGAUGGUGAGGACUAUUGGCUGAUUCGGAAUAGUUGGUCGACAUAUUGGGGAAAUGAUGGAUAUAUUCUGAUGUCAGCUAAAAAUAACAAUUGUGGGGUCAUGACUUCUCCCACAUACGUAAUCAUGGCAUAAUUUAUUGUCAAGUCAGUAAUUGUUAAGUAUCUUGAAAUAUUUAUGUACUGCGUGAAUUAAAUAAGUAUAAACCAA